UUUUAGUGGUGGAGGUAAACCUGUAGCUUCGGCGUGUGGGAGAAAGGCGCUUCGCCGAGCAGCUUCAACCCCAAUAUAUAUAUGUGUGUGUGUGUGUGUGUGUAUAUAUAACCGAACGGGGCGUUUUUAAUCUUCUUAGAGAUCUCUUGGCCAGAGUUUCUCACGGGGAAACUUAACGCUCUCUCUCUUUUUGCUGGCUUAGUUCUAGUUCGUCACCCCCCCUCCUCCUCCUGUACUACUCCUGUGCUGAGCUACAAAAGGACGUUGGGUCGACCUCUUUGUUAGGACUACAUACAUGUCUGUAUUUUUCUCCAUUCGUUGCCCUGAUUAUUUGAGAUCAGCUGACAUGACUGAAGUGAUGAGUGCUCCAACUAUGGAUGAGAUUGGUUUAAGCCCCCGCAAGGAUGGCCUAUCCUAUCAGAUUUUCCCUGACCCUUCGGAUUUUGAUCGUUAUUGUAAGCUGAAGCACCGCCUCCCUUCCAUUGUGGUGGAGCCAACAGAAGGAGAUGUAGAGAGUGGAGAAUUAAGAUGGCCACCUGAGGAGUUCUUGGUUCAGGAAGAAGAGGAACAGAACUGUGAUGAAGCAAAGAAAGAGAGCAAGGAGCAGUAAAAGCACCGAAGAUCUUCUGUUCUACUCAGGAUGUUAAGUCAUCUUGAGGGAGAGAGAACAGCUUUCUGAAGGGUCUUUUCUACAAAAGACAUUCAAUUUUGCACCUGCAAGAUCUUAGUUUUUUUUCAUAUUCUCUAUUGAGAACUGAAGCGCUUGAUGUGACAAUCUCCAGCUAAAACUAAGAAAGUUUGGGCAGGCAAAGCAAGCCAAAAAUGAUUGCCCUUCUCACGAUCAUUGUUGAAUUCUGUGGUGGUUGCCUGGGGCAGCCAGGAAAUUAGAGGGCGCUUUGGUGGAGGAAUAGGCCAGCAGGAAGCAUGCUUCUUCUGAAGUGUGUGGUAUCAGAAGAAAUAACUGCAAGUGUAAAUGCAGCUAAGUUCUGUAAGGGACUGCCUCUGGCUAAAAAUGCAUGAGAAUAGUGUUCAUCUCUCAAAACCUUGCCUUCUCAUAGUGUUUUUUCUGGUUUUAUGUGUGCAUGUGUUUAGAGGCUGGAAGACAAGCCACUGAAAUGCUCCUAUGACACGUUAGGCAGUCUUUCUGCAGAACAAUAUAGAGGAGCCAUGGGUCAAUAACUAGGUUGGCCUUCUGCAGCCUAGUGUCCUCUUAAAGUCACACCAUCUUUGUCAGGCUGCAGGGUCUGGCAUUGGCUUGCUCACCUGUUGCACAUAAACUAUAUUUUUUUGUCUUUUCCUUUCUUGACACCUCUUUAAGCAUGCAUUUUAACAUCGCAGUGAAUAGCUUUGUAUGGCCAUUGUGCUGUUGACUGUAGAAAUGGCCUUUACUACUUGUUCUGCAGUUAUCUUGUUUAGGCUGUAAAAGGUCACAUUUUGUUUUGUUUGGGAGGUGGAAUUGGAAGAAAUGCUUUUUCAGAAAGGAGAAUUUGACAUGGAAAAAAGUAUAUUUUUUUUCCUGCUACCGAAGCUGCUGUUUAACUUUCUCUGUUAGCAAUGCAUUGGUUGCUGUGGAAUACGGCUUUUUCAUCAGGACUGAUUUAUGAUUUAGUCAUGCGUUAAAUGCUGGAUGAAGGGCUCAUGAUUAUAGUAUAAGACCAACCAAGGCUGUUAACUAGGAAGACUUUAAGAGAAUUUAAAAGCAGGAUGGCGAAAGCAGGGCUUAUCUUCAAAAACAAAAGGUAUUACAGCAUCUCAGUAUUGUAGAAAAGAUAACUUUUUUGAACCAAGGAUUUUUUUUAAUUGACUUACCUUGUUCACAGGUUCUAAAUUCCCCAUUAUAAUCUCAUUCCUCAUGUCCCAUAUAUCUCUCUUCCGAGAAGGCAAACAAAUAAUUGGAUAAGCUAAAUUGGCAGCCUCAAGUUCAAAAGAAAAACAGUGUCUGACUUCUUGGCAGGAAGUUCCACAAAGUUGAAAUUUCAAGUACGACUUUCAGAUAUUAAAAGCCAAUGAUUCCAUAUUAAUUUUGCAGAAGCUAAAACUUUGUAAUGUAUAAGCAUUAUAGCCUUAACAAGAUAGUCAAAAAUAAUCCUUAGUUUCCCAUGAUCUUUUCCAUUCCUUUCCUACUUCGUUGGAACUCUAUAUAUGUGCUAUAUAUAAAAGACACACGCAUACACACACGUACACUUAUUUUUGAUACCUCAUGAGUAGUAAAAUUGCUGGUAAUGGAUUAGAGUUGCUUGUUGAAAUCAGCAGGGUUACUUUUUUCAGUCUCGUCUCGCAUGUGUUUUCCACAUAAUGGCAAUAACUUAACAGCUGUGAAUCAUUGUUACAUGUGGAUGUGAGAUUGUAGGGAUGUAGUUGGGUGUUCUUGUGUGUAUGAUUUUCAGCCAAGAACUUGUAAAACACAUAUACUACCUGUCUUGGUGGAUAUUUUGGCAUCACUGAAAUUUGUCUUGCACCUUGCCUUGUCAAGGUUGCUUUAAAAUGGAUGGAUCCAGGUGUUAUUUUUGUAUCCUUGAAUCUGUUCUUGUCUUGCUGUUCAGUACAAUGAGCUUUCACACUUGCACCCAACCUGAAUUGCCCAAUUUUUUUCCUUCAAAGGUCACUUUUUGUUUCUCCAUUUUUGUCCCAGUUUGAAGUUGUCAAAUGUUAACCACCCAGACUCAGAAAAACAAAAAUCCUUAAUGCUUAAGGACAGAGUGUGGUUGUUGUUUGUCUUUGAAUAUUUGCAUAUCAUUUUUCUGCUUUUUUAAAAGAUAGAAUUGUUGCUUGUAUUUCUGUCACUUCUGAAUGUGUCUGAGGAACAAAGCACUCCAGUGGAACUUUUCCUGUUAUAUUAUUACAUUCUAGAUUUCUGUAAAAUUCUUUUUUGAGCCUCAGGGAAAAAGCUAGCAUUUUUUUCAAACUACUUUUGUCACUGUGACAGUUGUAAAUAAAGUUUGAAAAUGCUUU